AGCUGGAAGGCUGCUUGUUGCUAUCAUGGCUUCGAUGCCGACGGAGACGACCACGAGAGAGAACGGCGACGACGCUCACGAUGAUGAGCGACGCAAUUCACUCCUCAGGAGAUCGUGGCAUGCCAUGUCUGACCUUCUGUUCCCAUUCUCACCUUCGGCUCUCGCAUCUCUCCCCAAGAGGACGCUGCGCCGGCGGCCUCGUUAUACUCGCAACGACAAUGUCCCGGAAGCGGGGCGCGAUGAGGACGGCCAAAUGCCUACCGUGAGGGACUAUCAUGCGAUUAACAGCGUGCCACCGCAGGUCCGCGUACCAAAGAAGAUAGCGACGCCUAUCAAGGUCGAAGGCAAGGUCUGGUUUGCAAAUGAAAGAACGUGGAUUGCGUACCUGAAUACAUCCGUGCUUGUCGGGACCUUGGCACUAGCACUCUUCAACGCCUCCAAGGACCAGAUUGCACGCAACUUUGCAUAUGCCUAUGCUUUGAUCAGUGUGGCCAUAUUGGUCUAUGGCUACGCAGUCUAUCAGCACCGCAUCACACUCAUACAAAGGCGAGACCCACGUCCCUUCGUGGAAAUUGUCGGCCCAGUCAUAAUCAGCGCUUUCCUGUUCCUUGCCGUGCUCGCAAAUUUUGUCAUACGAGUGCGGGAGCUGCAACGAAAAAGUAUUCCCAUCCCAGGCCUGUCAUUCCUAUUCUCCUAACGCCAUGCGAUAUUUCACAUGCACGUGCAUACCCGGAGAUGAAGCAUGUCCUCUUCUCCGCGUACGUUCACUAUUCUGUGCCCGCGCCCAUGUAACGAUAGCGUUGUAAGCAACCUGACUUCAUUUCGCUUGUUCCCGG